UGGUCACAGCAGCGCUGUGCUGACGACACAGCGGAGGAGAAACGCUCGGCUCCAGCGUGGACUCGCUCCUGUGCUGAUUUCAUUUUACACAUUACCACUUCUAGCCUCUUUGCUGCGCUCAUUCUGGCUGCUUGCGGACUUCCGUACAGUGUGUGUGUGUGUGUGUGUGUGUGUGUGUGUGUGUGUGUGCGUUUGGCUGCAGCGGUGUGAGAGGUAGAAGUUGGAGGCUGUGUUGUGGUCUACUGCCGUAGAAGACUGGACUCAACUGGGACUAAUACAUGCCCCUGGAGCCUUUUCUCUUUGUAUUCCCAACUUGCCAGGCUUCACCUUAUUUUUGCUUCAUCUUGCCCUUUGUUUUUGUCACUUCGUGCCUCUCUCUGACAUCGGACACCUGCGUUGACCAGGCUAACUGCAGUCUCAGAGCGUUGUGGCAAAGCUGGGGAUGAGCGUCUCUGCGUCUCCUCUUCUCUCUUCGUUUCCUCGCUGUCAUCAUCCAAAGUGUUUGUUCUAUUUUCAUUGAUCUUUUCUCAUUAGGUUGUCUGGAGUCUUCCCCUGUCCCUUGCUUUCUGGGUUUGCUCUCCUUCUCCCCUUCUGCAUUGGUCAGCCUCUCUAUGCUCCAUUUCUCUACGCCCCUCUUUGCCCUACAUUUUUGUAUUGUUUCUUUUUCAUCUUUCAUCUCAUCUGUUUUGCCGUCGCCUCUGGAUUUACAGAAAUAACUGCCUACCAUUUUGUAGUAAAUAGUGCUGUGAUGUAAUUACACAGAGUUUUAUUUUACCAGUGAGGGCUGUCAGUGGUAUUUUGUAACAUAGAUGGUUGACAUGUAAUGCUAAAUCCUGUGACUUGAGAUUUAUGGCUGCAGGGAAACUGCUCUCUUUGAAUUUCACAUCAAGGACUGAUUAAUUGGAUCAGCAGCUCACACAAGAACUGAAUUUGAUAUUUUGUGAGGAUUUAUUGGACUGUGGGACGGUCUAAUGGCCUAAUGGAAGGAGAACCCAUACCCCAAACGAGGAAGGCAGACUUGAGCAUCUGUUCUGAGAAUCUUACACCCUGCUGAAGGGUCUUUGAAGACCUCCCUCAACCCUCUGCCCCCCUCAGUCUCAUUUAAGCAAAGUAGUGAGAAGGAGCUUUCUUACAGUUAUCUUUGCAUCUCAUUGUUCAGUGGGAUCGCUUCUUUUAAUGGGACAAAUAAUCAUGACCUGAAACCUGAGCCGCUUGUCCCUGAUAUGAUGCAGAAUUUGAUGUUUCAGCAACAUCUAGAGGACUAAGAUCCAGUCUUCCGAAUGGUAACUUGGAUUCCUGCAUAAAUUCUGUGUUUGCAUCUCUUUCCAUAUUCCGGUUAUCUUGAAAUUGAAAUUGAGGACUUUCUUUUGACUUUCUCUUUUGUGGAGUUACUUGCUGUGUCACCAGACUUUACAAAAAAAGGAUAUUUAUCUUCUGUUUCCUGACAUUGACCUCUGACUAUCAUCCUGUAACCAAUGGCAACCCCAUUGCCAGCAGGUCCUACUUUGUAUGUUUUUGGGAGCAAUCUGCUUUUUUGGCUCAUUUAAAUCCCACAUAUCCUGGAAAUAUAUCCUCCCAGUUCUUGGCUCUAUGCGGAUUUUGGGGCCCAGCAGUUCUGUCUGGACCCUGUGGCCAGACGUCGAAAAGUCACAACAGAAUAAAUGGAGAACACCGGCUGCAUCCCACUUUGCUGGAGCAAGGGGGCUUGCAUCUACGCACAGCACCCUCUGCCAAAAUAUGACGGCCAGUUAGCCUCUGCAGGAGCAUCUGAGUCUGGCAUGGCGUCGUCUUCCUACUUGGAGCCCAACCUCAAUCACUCUGCAGUGGGUGGUUGUGGUGUGAAAUCCCGGUCUGGGAUGCCCACUGCUCCCAGCGUUGGUACGAGCGGCUCUGCUGGGGGUCUCGAGCGGCCCCCGGGCUCCAUGGACAGGGUUCUCAAGAUCUUCCAUUAUUUUGAGACGAAUAGUGAACCGUGUACCUGGGCCAGUAAUAUUCGGCAUGGAGAUGCUACAGAUGUCAGGGGCGUAAUUCAGAAAAUAGCCGAAAUCCACAAGCUGCGCUGUGUGUCCUCCCUGGGACUCCGUCUGACUCAUCUACACUCUGAUGCUCUUCAUUGGUUACACCCUGAUUUGGGUGUGUCUCAUGUCAGGGAAAAAUAUGAGAAACUGCACCCCCAGGAGGAAUGGAGGUAUGAGUUGCGGAUACGGUACCUACCUAAAGGUUACCUCAGCCAUUUCUCUGAAGACAAACCCUCACUCAACUACCUCUAUCACCAGGUGAAGAGUGAUUACAUGCAACACAUAGCGGAUCAAGUGGAUCAGGAUGUUGCUUUAAAACUGGGCUGUUUGGAAAUUAGGAGGUUCUUCAGAGAGAUGCCAGGCAACGCACUGGAUAAGAAAUCCAACUACGAACUACUAGAGAAAGAUGUUGGUUUACGAAGGUUCUUCCCUAAAAGCCUGUUGGACUCUCUCAAGGCAAAGACGCUUCGUAAGCAGAUCCAGCUGACCUUUAAGCAGUUUGCUAAUCUCAACGAUGAGCAGAGCAUCCACAAGUUCUUUGAGAUCCUCUCGCCUAUGUACCGCUUCGACAAGGAGUGCUUCAAAUGCGCUUUAGGGUCUAGUUGGGUAAUAUCAGUCGAGUUAGCUAUCGGACCAGAGGAAGGAAUCAGCUACCUCACAGAUAAGGGCUCAAUGCCUACGCACUUGGCAAACUUCACCCAGGUCCAGUCCAUUCAGUACUCGGCUCUGGAGGAGAAGGACAGGAAAGGCAUGCUGCAGCUCAACGUGGCGGGAGCUCCAGAGCCCCUCACAGUUACCACAGCAUCCCUGACUACAGCAGAAAACAUGGCUGACUUAAUUGACGGCUACUGUCGGCUCGUCUCUUCCGCUACUCACUCCUUCAUUGUCAGAGUCCACAAAGAGGGGGACAGAGCUCUGCCUUCCAUACCCAGAGUUUCAAAUCACGAGAAGAGGAUGGAAAAACGGAUGGACGGCGUACGGACCAGAGCCGUUUGUGUGUCAGCAGGUCACACUAGUGGUGAUGAAACAGACGAUUAUGCUGAGAUCAUAGAUGAGGAGGACACCUACACAAUGCCUUCAAAAUACUAUGGACUAGAUCAAGCGCGGGACUAUGAGAUUCAGCGCGAUCGCAUUGAGUUGGGACGCUGCAUAGGGGAAGGUCAGUUUGGGGACGUCCACCAAGGAGUCUACAUCAGCCCGGAGAACCCAGCGCUUUCGGUUGCGGUCAAGACAUGUAAGAACUCCACGUCUGACAGCGUCAGGGAGAAGUUUCUCCAAGAAGCACUCACCAUGCGUCAGUUUGAUCAUCCUCAUAUUGUGAAGCUUAUGGGAGUCAUCACAGAGAACCCAGUCUGGAUAAUCAUGGAGCUCUGCACACUGGGAGAGCUGAGAUCAUUCCUGCAGGUGAGAAAGUACAGCCUGGACUUGGCCACUCUCAUCCUCUACUCUUAUCAGCUCAGCACAGCACUGGCGUAUCUGGAGAGCAAGCGCUUUGUACACAGGGACAUUGCAGCAAGAAACGUGUUGGUGUCCACAGUGGACUGUGUAAAGCUGGGGGACUUUGGACUGUCACGAUACAUGGAGGAUAGCUCCUAUUACAAAGCUUCUAAAGGCAAACUGCCUAUUAAAUGGAUGGCUCCAGAGUCCAUCAACUUCAGACGGUUUACCACAGCCAGCGAUGUCUGGAUGUUUGGCGUCUGCAUGUGGGAGAUUCUAAUGUACGGCAUCAAGCCUUUCCAGGGUGUGAAGAACAACGACGUCAUAGGCAGGAUAGAGAACGGCGAGCGACUGGCAAUGCCGCCUCAGUGUCCUCCUACUCUCUACAGCCUGAUGACAAAGUGUUGGUCAUAUGAUCCCAGCAAGAGGCCGCACUUCACUGAGCUCAAAACACAACUGAGCACCAUAUUAGAGGAGGAGAAGGUCCAGCAGAAGGAGAGGAACAGGAUGGAGAUGCGGAGACAGGUCACGGUUUCGUGGGACUCUGGAGGGUCUGACGAGGCGCCGCCAAAACCCAGCCGCCGCCCCUCCCUGCAGCCCACCUUCAGUCUGGACUGUCUUUCUGCUUCUUCUCACCACCACUGCCAUCAAAACCAGCGCUUUGCUUCACAGCUCUCCCUCUGCCUUGGAAACCCUCAACCUCCAUCUCUCUGCACAUCCUCUCACCUACCCACUCCUCCACUCUACUCAUCAUCACGUCUUCAGUUUCCCCAUCACUAUUCCUCUUCUACUGAUCCUCUUCCAACCCCCAGUUACUAUAAUUGCUCUUUACCUCAGUACAACUCUACAUUGAAUUCUAAACCCAGGACUCGAACCAACUUAUCUCUGCAGUCUCAAACUAACUUCUGUUCCCCGCCUCACACUAACUCAGAAACCCUGUGCAAUGGCAGCUGCCAACACAAGACGACUCCCGCUUCCAGCAGCCAUCUGCUGUAUUUGUCAACCAACUCCUAUUCCCAUUCCCGCGUGUCAACUCUCCCAAAUAGACAGCUCAAGUCAAACUCAGAUUCUAAAACCCUGCAGUCAACCAGUUUUCACUCUGGCUGCCAGAUUAAUCCCCGUGCACCACUGCAACCUGACUCUGACCCCCAGAGCCACCGCCCUGCUGUGCAGCCAUGGAGGAGUCUGCCCCACACUCAUCCACACACAGAGUACAAAGCCUCUGCCUGUUCCGUGCCCAUCACUAACCCCCUGCUAGACAGUCAAAUGCCAAACCUCCCAGUAACCACCCAGACAACUACACCCAUCACCUGCUCCGAAAGACCCACGUCCAGAGCCCUGAAGCCCAGUAGACCAGGCUAUCCCAGUCCUCGCUCAAGUGAAGGCUUUUAUCCCAGCCCUCAGCAUCCUGGACACUACCAGAUGGCAGGGUAUCCUGGCCCCCACACCCUCCCUUCAGUGCCCAGCGCCCUCUACCCUCCACAGGCUGCAAUGCUGGACACACACCACGCGCACACACACCCCCGGCAUCACGUUCACACACACUUGCACACACAGCACCUUCAGCCUCACGGGCAGGACAUGGCUCUUUGGGGCUCCGUGAUGGAGGACAGGGCAGUAGACAUGCAGCAGUGUGUAGGCCAGCAGUGCCUGUUAAUGGAGGAACAGCUGAUGAUACAACAACAGCAGAUGGAGGAGGAUCAGAGGUGGCUGGAACAGGAGGAGAGGCUUUUGAAACCAGACGCCAGGAGUUCUAGGGGAAGUCUGGACAGAGAAGACUGUGGACUCCAGCCACCAACAGGAAACCAGCACAUAUACCAGCCCGUUGGCAAACCAGAGCAUGCAGCUCCCCCAAAGAAACCCCCUCGACCCAGCGCCCAGAGCCAGGUCGGGGGCCUGGCCUGCUUAAACGCCGGAGAGAGUUACAACGACGGCGUCAAGCUGCAGCCCCAAGAGAUAAGCCCGCCCCCCACUGCCAACCUGGACCGCUCCAAUGACAAGGUGUACGAGAACGUCACAGGCUUGGUCAAAGCGGUGAUUGAGAUGUCGAGCAAGAUCCAACCAGCUCCUCCUGAGGAAUAUGUCCCCAUGGUGAAGGACGUGGGUUUGGCAUUGAGGACGUUAUUGGCCACAGUGGAUGAGACUCUACCACAGCUGCCAGCCAGUACACACAGAGAGAUUGAGAUGGCACAAAAGCUUUUGAACUCCGACUUGGCAGAGCUGAUUGGAAAGAUGAAGUUAGCGCAACAGUAUGUGAUGACCAGUCUCCAGCAGGACUAUAAGAAACAGAUGUUGACGGCGGCUCACGCUCUUGCUGUUGAUGCCAAGAACCUGCUGGACGUCAUCGACCAAUCGCGGCUCAAGAUGAUGGCCCACUCCCGUCCACACUAGCCCCCCCACCCCCAGCAGCUGAGCCGACCAGCAGGGGCCUGUCUGCUGUUUGAGAGGCAUCAUCAGCAUGGUUUCUGUGGACAGUGGUGAACUUCAGUGACGCCGCGCGGGGCUCUCAAUGCGUGGGAACUGAUGGAGGAAGAGCGUCUUUGACAGCAGCCCAGUCAUCAGCUGGUGAAUCCUCCGCUCGCCGAGGCAAACAGUUCGUCUGGGAUCAACGUCUCCACCACUGUGACUUUCUUAAUACUAGAACAGAGCAUAAAUCAGGGACCCGGCAGCUUCACUGUUUAUGGACUGAAAUAUAAAGAUGGACGCCUCUGACAGACACAAUAUCAUGGGAGCGAUGAGAUGCGGAGCCAUAACCUUGACUGGACUUCAUUCCAUCUGCAUGACACUGCACAUUCGGAAUGAACUGGGACAUCACCUGCUCAUUUGACACGUUUUGACCACAGGAAAUCCCUCCUUAGUUGAAAUACCUCCAUGGAUUCUUAAUCGUGGGCAGAGCAAACCAGACGUUUUCUACUCUCCUUGGUUCAUGCGCUGCUUCGGAGUGGACAGAUAAUUCCCACAGUCCUAGUUGGGUGUAGAGAAUCAGCCUCUCCCAUGCUCCUCCCUGCUGUCAUCCAUCCAUUCCUGUCUUCCCUCCGUCUCACCAGGUUUUAUUUAUAGACUUUGCAGGGGAGAUGGAGGGAACCCUGAGGACAGCACAGCGCCGGCCUGCUGCCGAGGAAAAGACGAACAAUUCUGCUUUUUCUUACUCCCUGCUCUUCUUCUUCCUGCAGUCUUCCUGAGCUCCAAAUGUGAAGAAUCCCAGUGUCUGGGUAAACGCCACAGACAAGAAGCUCGUCACUCGGUGUCGUCCGCUUUUUGACAAUGGCUCCAUGUUUUUGUUUUGGUUUGUUUUUGAUUAGUUUUUCUUCUUCUAUACAAAAUACUUUUUCUUGUCCCAGCGUUUUUGAGAAGUAAUUAUUGGGAAUAGCCAGAAGGUGAAUACUGACUGACUGAACACUUUCUAUGUGUCCCUCCUGUAAGAUGUGUAACACUUAAGCCCCCCAACUUUAUAGUGAAUUUCCUGAGGACGGUAAUGAAUUUCCCAGUCCCAGUUUCUUUCAGGUGCAACACUUUAGAAAUGUCCGAAGGGAAACAAACACAAUCAUGAAAGGUGGAGCCACAUGACAAAAACUCAUCUUGCAGACACAAAACACUGAACUGAAAAUACAGCAGAUCACGCGUGUCUUUGUUAAUACAGACACCACAUGGUUUAUGAUGUACUGCUAUGUGAAAUAUACUGGUGACUGUACUAGUACAGAUAAUAUCCUGGUAUGGAGAAGAGCAUAUUUGCACAGCAUCACAAAAAUCUGAUUUUUUUUUUUCAUUCUAUUGUACCUGGAUUUGAUUGAUCAUUGAGCCAGCAGUGGAACUAUCGACGAUCUGGGUGCUAUAGGGAUAAAAAAAAUGUAAAAAUAAAACAAAACAAUCUAUUUUAUUUCCUUGUUGUUGUGUAAAUCUGCUCAUGUUGGUAUAUUGUAAGCUAUACUGGUGUGUAUCACUGGUUAUUGUACAGAACUCGUAUUAGUAAACACUGGUUUUUAUUUUGUCUUCUUGGCUAAAUCAGCCAUGUUGUCAAAUAGAAGUUAAAAAAACAAUGAAAUAAAAAUAAUGAUGAAACAGAAAA